UUUAAAAUUGCUUUUCCUCAGUGAGAAUGGCAAGGAUUCGGAUUCCUAACACAAUCGUUAUACUUCUUGUUACGGUUCAGACUGGAUUCUUACUCUUCAUGUAUGCCCGGUACAGUAGCUUCAUACCUCAGUCUGAGGAGAAGCCAUCUCAAGUGCAUGUUCUCAUUCUCUCCUCCUGGCGGUCGGGAUCAUCUUUCGUCGGUCAACUUUUCAGCCAGCACCCCAGUGUCUUCUACCUGAUGGAGCCCGCGUGGCACGUGUGGGUUACGAUGUACCAGAACAGUGCCAAGGUCUUGCACAUGGCAGUGCGGGACCUAGUCAGGUCGGUCUUUCUGUGUGACAUGUCUGUGUUUGAUGCUUACAUGCCUUGGAAAAGAAACUUAUCCGAUCUUUUCCAGUGGGCAGUGAGUCGGGCUCUGUGUUCAGCUCCUGCUUGUGACUCCUUUCAACGUACUGACAUAACCAGCGAAAUGGCGUGCAAGACUCUGUGUGGACGGUACCCAUUCAGCAAGGUGGAGGAAGCCUGUAAAACCUACAGCCAUGUUGUCAUCAAGGAGGUUCGUUUCUUUGACUUGAAGGUCCUCUACCCCCUUCUCACUGAUCCAUCGCUGAAUCUCAAAAUCAUUCACUUGGUCCGUGACCCCAGGGCAGUCGUCAAGUCACGGGAACAGUCCGUGAAAGCAUUGGCCCGUGACAACGGAAUCGUGUUGAGUACCAAUGGCACUAAAGUGGAAGACAGCAAAUACAAAGUAAUGCAAGAGAUCUGUAGAAGUCAUGUUCAAAUUUAUGAAACGGCUACUCUAAAACCACCUAAUUUCCUUAAAGAUCGUUAUUUAAUGAUCCGUUUUGAAGAUCUAGUAAGAGAUCCUUUAUCUGAAAUCUCAGAAAUGUAUAAAUUUGCAGAUCUUAGUUUGACCCCCACACUCAAGAGCUGGAUCUAUAAUAUCACACAUGGACAGGGAUCAGGGAAAAGAAAAGAAGCCUUCAAAAUCACAUCUCGAGAUGCAGUUAGUGUUUCACAGGCCUGGAGAAAUGUUCUUUCCUUCCAGAAAAUUAAGAAAGUACAAGAAGUUUGCAAAGGUGCUAUAAACAUGCUUGGCUAUCAGCUGGUGGAUUCUGAAAAAGAACAGAGAGAUCUGUCGCUGGAUUUAGUGCUGCCAAGAAGACAGAAUCAGUUCAGUUGGUCAUCAUUUAACCCAAAGCACUGAGACAUCAUUUUUGAGAGAU